AACAGCACAUUAGAGUUACCCUAUCUAGAUCAAUGCAUUAACGAAUGUUUGCGAUUGCGUUCACCAGGGAUUUCGAUCAACAAAAGGUGUUCAAACACUUGUGAAUUAAUGUCUAGUAAAGAAAAACCCAUCAAGGUCGAAAAAGGAAUUGUAGUUGUCCUACCCUACUAUGCAUUGCAUCAUGAUCCAGAGUAUUACCUAAAUCCGGAAGAAUUCAUCCCGGAACGCUUCAGCCCUGAAAAUGGAGGAACCAAAAAAUAUAAAGAAAUGGGUGUGUUUCCUCCGUUUGGUGAUGGACCAAGAAUGUGCUUAGUGUCAACAGACUAUUAACUAUGACCCUACCGCCAAAGGAGCUGAACCACCGUGCAAAGGC